AACUACCAUUCUUGUACAAUAUCCGCUUAGCUAUGGCAAGGACAGGAAACAAGAGUUUACAGGCCAAACUGGUACUUCUUGGGGACAUGGGGACAGGGAAGACAAGUUUGGUUCUUAGAUUUGUCAAAGGUCAAUUUUCCGAAUACCAGGAAUCAACAAUUGGAGCUGCAUUCUUUACUCAGGUGUUGUCUUUAAAUGAAGCCACUGUAAAAUUUGAUAUAUGGGACACAGCAGGACAGGAACGAUACCACAGUUUGGCUCCUAUGUACUAUCGAGGUGCUGCUGCUGCCAUAGUUGUGUAUGAUAUUACAAGCAUGGAUUCUUUUGUCCGAGCAAAGAAGUGGGUUCGAGAAGUGCAAAGACAAGCAAAUCCAAGUUUGACAAUGUUUUUGGUGGCUAACAAGGCUGAUUUGGAAGGGGAGAGACAAGUCGGAAAUGAGGAGGGUGAGGAAUAUGCCAAAGAAAAUGGCUUGUCUUUUCUUGAAACUUCAGCAAAAACAGCACAGAAUGUGAAUGAGCUCUUCUAUGAAAUAGCUAAGAGACUGGCAAAAGCUAACCCUUCACGUCAAACUGGAAUCAAGCUGGAUAGCAGACCUCAAGAAACUAGAAGAAGACUGUUUUGUUGUGCUUAAUGGCAUGCCCUUAAGAAUCUUUUCUUUUGGAAAAUAUUAUGUUUAAUUCCGUGUAUAUUGUACUCAAAUACCGGAAACAUAAUUCACUGCUCACAGAUCA